CGGGUGUAACUGGAUAUUUGCUGGGGGUGGAGCAUUCAAGUUGGUCGACCUGCUGCAGCUUUGCUCUGCGCUCCUUUGAGGAAGGAGGAACAGACGAGUAAAUGAUGAUGAUUAUUUUUUAUGAGAGGGAGGAAACCCACACCAGCAGAAUCUCACAAAUGCACUAAUUAUUUCCAAUUGAGAAGCAAGAUAAUUGCCUAAAGAAACGAUGACGCCUACUUCACCUAAACCAUUUCAGGGUUUUCUAAUAGUCACAUGCUGGCUUGCUGGAUUUGGCACAUGUUUGCUGUUUUUCCAGUAUAUGUCACACAACUGCUCAUCCCGCCCUUAUAUCCCCUAUGGUGUACCACACGUUACACCAUCUAACAAAAUCUCAAACAACAGUAAUCCAGCUCCCACUACCCCUCCAGCUGCUCAGCCAGAAAAACCCAUCUUACUGCUGUGGGUCUGGCCUGAGAACUACAAGUGGGACUUCAGUGACUGCAAAACCUUCUACAACAUUGAUGGAUGUCACCUGACGGAUGAUAGAAGCCUGUAUAAUCAGGCAGAUGGGGUUCUCAUCUUCCACAAAGCUAUCAGUUGGGAUCUGAGCAACCUUCCUCCAUCCCCUCGUCCUUCUUUUCAAAAAUGGAUCUGGUUCCACGUCGAAUCGCCAACUAAUACUAAGAGAAUUCCAGGUCUGGAAAACCUCUUCAACCUCACGCUUGGUUACAGACGCGAUGCUGACAUCUCUGUGCGAAAUCUACUGACCGUCAGCAAAACCCCAAACGAGGAGUUUGAACCCCCGAAGAAAGACAAGCUCGUCUGCUGGAUUGUGUCCAACACCAACCCCAGUACUGGAACAGGAACCAGGAUGAAGUACUAUGAGGAGCUCAGCAAACACGUAAAAGUAAAUGUUUAUGGAAAUAUGGCUGGAUCGCGUAUGAAGGACGAAGAUUACUACCCUACCCUAGCCAGCUGUAAGUUCUACCUGUCGUUUGAGAAUUCCGUCCAUAAGGACUACAUCACUGAGAAGUUCAAUGGCCCACUUACAGUAGGGACUGUGCCUAUUGUUUUGGGACCCUCAAGAGAAAACUAUGAACAGUUUGCUCCAGGUGAUUCGUUCAUUCACGUGAAUGACUUUCCUAAUGCAUCAGCAUUGGCUGAGUAUCUACUUAAACUGGACAAGGAUGAUGAGGCUUACAGACGGUACUUUGAUUGGAGAAAACACGUCUCUGCGACUCGUCAUUUAAUCCUGUGGAAUCAGGAGUUUAUUUCGUAUAUUUGUCAUGCCUGUGAAUAUAUGGGCAUACACAGAGAGUAUAAACAAGCACACAAUAUCUAUGACUGGUACUUUUCAUGACCGGUAGUUCUUAGUCAAUUUUGCAAAUGCUGAAAAAUGAUACAAAUGGUAACAGUAUUCGAAGGCUAUCGACAUAGGCAGUGUGAUACAUGCAUAAAUAUUAAAUUGCUUACAGAGGAAAUAUUGAAUACUCAAGUUUUACACACUGUAUCCAAUGCUUUGUAUUUGAUAUAUAAGCAACAAAUAUUGUAGUAUUCACUCCUAAAAAAAGAGCUUUUGCACAAGUCGUGGUGCUUUAUUAACCAGCUGUUGUUGGCCACAGCUACACUGCACAUAAGCAGUUUUCUCUAACAGUUUUUUCGAAACCUAAACUCACAUCUGCCUUUCUUAGUGCUCAGCUCUGACUGGGUCAGUUCUUCCUGCUCCACACACAUAUCUGCCUGGAUGGACACAGCCCUGCUCUUCAGAAUAAGAGUCCUUAGCAGAAUAACCCCAUAAAUGCUGCAGAACACAUAACCUAAAAUUAACAUGUAAAACAUUCUUGAACAGGCUGCAAUACAUUGUUCCUUGCAUAUGCCUUUACAUAUUAUAUGGCAAUAAUUGAAUAUUUCUGAACAGCUUAUGCUGAGUGACAAUAUAUUGAUAUAAAGGGACCUUAAUGUGAAGUGUAACACUUUACAUUGGUAAUGCUAAAUAGAUUACAUGGCAAAAGUUAGCAUGUGACAUGAGCAUCAAAUGUCAUGGUAUCGGCCAUGACAAUUUUCGAUAUUGGUAAUAUCAUUAAAUGGCAUAUGACAUCUGCACUUGCAUGUUCAUGGCAUGGUUAUGUCAGUGUUAUGUAUCAAGGUUCAUGUAAAAUGUUAUCAUCUUAGGUGACAGAAAUUUGUUCCAUUAAUAACACUGUUAUGAAGCAUCUUUCCCAAGUCCAGGCUUGGUUAAAAACACCAAACAUCAGUUCUUGGUGACACAGUUUUUCUAGAAAAACACUCAUUGGCCUCUUCAUUAGUAUCUACAGCUACUUUGUAUCUACAGCCAUAGUCUAUUUUAUGAGGUCUACCUCUAUAAACCUAUUCCCAUAUCAGAAAACCUAGAGAUGUCUCCUUAAUAACUGCACUAUUGAACAGGUUUAUUACCUGUGAACAAUGUUUCAUAACAGUGUUAUAAAUGGAACAAAUGUCCAUCAUUUUAGUUCAAAGCCCAUGUCACUGAUUUCAUAAAGUGUCUGGUCAUCUUGUAGUUUCUGACAUAAGCUGGUCAAGCAUAUCAAGUACUCCUUUAUAAUUAUGUUAUUCAAUGCUUAUGCUUGUGUUAUGAAGUCCCUAUGUAGGUAGCCUCCACAUAAAUGGUUGUUAUAUUGUGUUACCAUUACAUUAUGAAUGCAAAUGAUAAAAUGUUAUUGUUUUCGAAUGGUGAGUUGCUUAUUUUUAUUUUAGAAAGGAAAAAGGGGAACAGUUAUAUUCUAUUGUUUACAAUGGAACGAAUACCAAAAUGAAUGAAAUGUGACUAUUGCACUUUUGCUGGAUUGGUGUUGGUUACUUGCAUGGUACAGAGGCUGACUUGGACUUCUUGUGAUUUUCACAAGCUCUACAAUGACAGUUGCUAGUGCAUCUCAAUGCUCCACCUACCUCAAAAUCCUGGUGCACCUGCUUCUAAUUAUGAUAGCCACAAAGGGCUA